AUGCUAGCACGAAAUCUCACGGCCGCGUUCUCUGAACAACUUCGUGCCGUCAUAAACAAUACCCCUACUCAGCAACGAGUACUGGAAGAUAUGGCUGCACAGAUAAAAAGCCUGGAGGAACGAAUCGAGCCCCAUCCUGAGAUACCAAAAUCCCAUGAAUCUCAAGAAGGGAACUCAAGGACCUCCCACUCCAGUAGACGCAAUAAGAACAGGCGGGAAAGGUCCAAAACUUACCCACAUCCUGGCAAGACAGAUACACGAGAUGGCGACUCCAAAACCGCCACUCCGGAUGCUCGGACUUUCCUAGAGAGCAAAAAACGAAGGACGUCCGAGAGCGUCCAGUCCCUGGUAGAUAAAAGGAGGGAGGAAAGAAAGAAGGCGGAACUCGCUGGAUCUAGCCGCCCCCUCAUUUCCGCCACCAUGCCGCGGAAUGAGGCCACCAAGAGUGUCCUCCCCGAAGAGCCCAUAUCAUUAGUCUCUCCCCUGGCCAUAGAGAUACUGAAUACUCCCAACCCCGGGAAAAUAAAAGUGCCAAACAUGGCUGCUUUCGAUGGCACGUCAUGCCCACAAGAGCACUUGACGGCAUAUAAAAAUCUCAUGCUGUUGUACACCACCAACUCAUCGUUAUGGUCCUCAAAAAGGCAGGAGAAAUCAAACUUCCACCUGCUUAGUGUCACUCAGUUGGAAGGGGAAUCCAUAUCCUCUUAUCUCAAGAAAUUCCAUGAGGCAGUGCUGGAAUUCCAGUUGGUUGAAAGUCAAGUAAAAACGUAUGCAGAGGCCAUGAAACAAUGCCAAAGCUACGUCACGGCCUCGGAGAUAUGUCAGGCCCAUGACCCGAAACGGCGGAAAUCCGAAAAGAAGGAAGCCGGGUCCUCUCUUCAAUCCACACGACGCAGAGAGGAACAUUCUCCGAGGGAGAGGAAUUACAUGCCGCGUCGUCCUGGGCCACCAUCUGAUAUGGGACCUCCACGGGCCAGACAGGUAUAUGUUGCAGGAGGAGAGACCAGGACGCGGAAUCUGGGGGACGGAGGCAACGACCCAAUGUUCAAUCGAAACAGGAGGGACAUUUUCUUUGCUGUUCGAGGUCAAUUACCGGCUCCACCUCCUUUGGCUGAUGAAGGGAAAUUGUCCGGAUUCCUCAACCGGAGGGAUUAUAAUACGGGAAGAGAAGGGGAAAGGAGGCCGUGGCAACAAAAACGCAGAUCCCCAAAGAGGAACGAAGCCCGACAUGAAAGUUCCGACACUCAAGGAACUAUCAACAUGAUUUUUGGGGGAUACACUGAGGAAUAUCCCACCAUCCGGGCUGCAAAGAACAGUGUCCACACUUUGCUGAAGGGGCCUCCCAAAGCCUCAUCUAAGGGACCGGUCAUGAAGUUCGAUGCCACGACCUCUCAACCGCUGCAACAACCUCAUACCGACCCUCUAGUGGUCACUCUUAAAAUCGGCCAAAUGAAGGUCAGACGGGUGCUGGUAGAUACGGGAAGCACGGCCGAUCUUAUCACAAUGGAGUGCUUGAGACAAAUGAAGUUCGAGGAAAAGCACUUGCAACCCCUAGACAAACCCCUGAUUGGGUUUGGAGGAAGUCAGGUCAUCCCGUUGGGCACAAUCAUUCUCCCCGUACGGGUAGGGGAGAAAAAUGAAAGCCGUACCAUGCCCAUACGGUUCACAGUGGUAGAUCUCAACUUUCCCUACAAUGCCAUCAUGGGGCUCCCACUCAUUAACAAGAUCAAGGCAGCCAUCUUUCCCCAUCAACUCCUGCUGCAAUUCGAAACAGAUAACGGGCAAGUGGGCAUUCUGAAAGGAGACCAGGUGACGGCUCGCCAAUGCCUCGUCAACACCCUAAAGCACAGGCCUUCCGAGACACCUGCAAAGAGAAAGAGGGAAGACAAGGUCCCAGCUGUCAUGAGCGUGUACAGGGAAAAUCCCAACACGCAUGAAAGGCCCCGCCCCAUAGAACGAUAUGAGGAAGUGAACAUGUUCGAGGGGAAACAAAUCAAGAUAGGGAAAGAUCUUCCUGACACGGUCAAUGUCGCGUGUCAUAAACUUGACAUCAAACCAGGCUAUAAACCCGUAAAACAAAAGCUGCGACAUCAAGGAAAAGAGCGGACUGAGGCCGCCAAGGAAGAAGUUGAGAAGUUGCUGAAAGCCGGAUUUAUCAAAGAGUGCCGAUACUCAGAGUGGCUAUCCAACGUCGUUCUGGUAAAAAAACCAAAUGGCAAAUGGAGGAUGUGUGUCGACUUCACAGACCUGAAUAAGGCAUGCCCCAAAGACGAUUAUCCACUUCCAAAGAUAGAUCGUCUGGUCGACUCCACAGCAGGCCAUGCAUUAUUAAGCUUCAUGGAUGCCAACGCCGGCUAUCAUCAGAUCCCAUUGGCCACCGAAGAUCAACCGCACACGGCCUUCAUUACUAGCACGGGGGUCUAUUGCUACAAGAGCAAACAAGCAGGUCAGCAUGCCGCGGACUUACGAGAAACCUUCCUUACCUUGCAAAAACACCAGAUGAAACUCAAUCCCGACAAGUGCGUGUUUGGAGUUACCGGAGGAAAGUGCCUCGGCUUUCUGGUAGACGAGCGGGGCAUUGAAGCAAAUCCCGAUAAGAUCCGGGCCAUACAGAACAUGAGAUCCCCCACCUCAGUAAAAGAAGUACAAAAGCUCACGGGGUGCAUAGCCGCUCUCGGAAGAUUCCUUUCCAAGUCUGCGGAUAAAUGUUCCCCCUUCUUUAAGACAAUAAAACAACAGAAGUUUGAAUGGACAGCAGAGGCAGAAGAGUCCUUUCGCCAACUCAAGGAGCACCUGUCCACAUUGCCGAAACUAGUUUCUCCCAUCAAAGGGGAGAAACUAGUCCUAUAUGUUUCUGUAUCUGAGUACUCGUUAUCCGGUGUACUGGUUGCGGAAAGGGAAAAGAAACAGCUCCCCAUAUACUACGUGAGUCAUGCAUUCCGCGGCUCGGAGGGAAACUACGGUGAAGUUGAGAAAGUCAUAUUCGCAAUCGUGAUGGCAAGCAGAAAAUUGAAGCCCUACUUCCAAUCCCACCAGAUCAUCAUUCGGACUGAUCAACCCUUGAAAAAGAUAUUGGAAGGAAAAAACAAGUCAAGCCGCGUCACAGAUUGGGAGUGGAAGUUGUAUGUGGAUGGGUCCUCAACACAAUCAGCUAGUGGAGCUGGACUCCUCAUCAUGUCUUCCGCAGGGGUCCGUAUGGAAAGGGCAGUCAGGUUCGAGUUCGCAGCAUCUAACAACGAGGCCGAAUAUGAAGCAUUAUUGAUGGGAUUGAGAAUUUGCUACGAAUCGGGAGCCAAAAACUUGUCCGCCUUCUCUGACUCCCAAUUGAUCGUGGGACAAGUCAACGGGGAAUUCGAAGCUAAGGAUGAUAGCAUGAAGAUGUAUUUGCAGCAGGUAAAAGAAUUUGUUCAAAAAUUCGACAAGUUCACAUUGGACCACAUUCCAAGAUCCCAGAAUGCCCAAGCUGAUUCCCUAGCAAAGCUGGCCAGCUCAGCAGAGACAUCCGCGGCUCGAGACAUUAUCUGGGAAGUACUUCCUAACCUCAGCAUCAACUUCAUGGUCAACACCAUCGACAGAUCAGAUACAUGGAUGGAGCCGUACAUUGAAUAUUUGCGAAAUCAGACGCUUCCCCAAGAUAAAAGCCAGGCCAAUAUGCUCCAGAAGAAAGCAAGAUGGUUCGAAUUCCACGAAGGAACGCUCUACAAGAAGUCGUACACACACCCCCUCCUGAAAUGUGUAUCCCCUGAAGAAGGAAACUAUAUCCUUCGCGAAAUACAUGAAGGAGGAUGCGGUGUACAUCAGGGAGUGCGAACUGUCAUCGGGAAAGUCCUGAGAAGCGGAUACUAUUGGCCCUCACUCCGAGAAGACGCGGAGUACUUGAUCAAGAGAUGUCCUGAAUGCCAAUACCACUCCAAGAUAGGAAGGAAGCCGUCUAAUUACUUGACUGCCAUACAAGCCGUUUUGCCUUUCGACAAAUGGGGCAUGGAUCUUCUUGGUCCCUUCCCUCCGGCAAAAGGGCAACGCAAAUUCAUCAUUGUGGCCAUUGAUUACUUUACAAAGUACGUAGAAGCAGAAGCCCUUAGCUCAAUCACGGACAAACAAGUUUGUCAAUUUAUAUGGCGGAAUAUCAUCACAAGGUACGGCAUUCCUCGGGUGAUCAUAACAGAUAAUGGAAGGCAGUUUGUCAGCAAGAACACCAUCGAGUAUUGCGACAAGUUUAACAUCCAGAUCAGAUUCAGCUCGGUGUCCAGGCCACAAACCAAUGGUCAAGUAGAGUCCGCAAACAAAGAAAUCCUGAACGGCAUUAAAAAGAAGAUAGAGGGGGUUAAAGGCAAUUGGGAUGAAGAACUACCAGGCAUCUUAUGGGCAAGUCGAACAACCGUUAAAGAAGCAACGGGGCAUACACCUUUCUCUUUAGUAUAUGGAUCUGAAGCCGUGCUCCCCGUUGAAAUAGGCGUACCCUCCACAAGGGUUUCAUUUUCAGAAUAUCCGGCUCUUAUGUUUGCAAAUCUUAUUAAAUCAUCGGACCCACAGAUUGGGGUUCCUAAGUUCGAAAAUCUGAGAUGUUUCCUAACUGGAACAUCGAUAAGUCGGACCCCCAGAUAG